GUUCGCUGCGGCGCGUUGGCUGCGGGCGGCGGCGCAGCGACUCCAAACACGCGAGGGUCGGCGAGAGCGAGGCGGACGAGGCGACGAACGUUCGAGAUCAGGGCACGAGAGACGUUUUCUGCUUAGUUUAUCAACAUGUCGAACAAGUUGGAGGAAGUGUCCAAGGAUGUUGCUGAACUGCGCACACUUCUUGCUUCAGCUACAAGGAAGCGCAUUCAAGACCUUCUUUCAUUAGAAUUAAAAAGAAUGGAGACUGAGUUGAAGAAUCUCGAGGAUUCCGCAAACAAAUCAGAGACACCCAAAGCCAAGACUGAUUUCACUCCAAAGAUCUACACUGUCAACAUCAGGAAUUACUCAUGGGAUCAGUCGGAUAAGUUUAUGAAGUUAUAUAUAACUCUAAAAAAUGUCCAUACAUUGGAAAAGGACAAAAUAUCUGUCAAAUUUGAGGAGAAGUAAGUAGCACUUUUUAAUUUCUUUUAUGCAGGUAUUAAACAGAGCUUAUUUUAGCAAAUGUUUAAGAAUUCUGAAUGAGAGUAGAUAAUUCCACUGGGGAAAAUUUAUUUGAGAUUUUAUUUUGAAGAUGUAAAUUAAUUCACCUUGGUUAAUAACAUCGUAUGUAGUUUUCCUUUGAAGAUUUUGUUUACAUUAAAAUGUGUGUGUAGUUCCUGUAUUACAUCUGGCUCUGAUAGAAAAGAAUAUGGAAGUCCAAAGUGCUAU